AUGUUUCCCAUGAAAGGCAUGGAUGGCCCUCGAUCUAGUGGCCUCCGCAAGAAGAGGAAGUCAAGGUCGGUGAGGGAUCAAGACAGGAGAUCAAAUGGGAUAAGGAACAACCAUGUUAAGGGCUCGGUCUUUCGCUUUUCCUCUGACUCAGAGAGGGAGGGCAACAGGAAGCCCUCCUCAUCCCGCCCUCGACCCCCACGGAGGAAGCGAAAGGACUCUACUUCUGCUCAAGAGGACAUCAUCGAUGGCUUCUCCAUCACAGGAUUCGUCACCUUGGAGGCUCUGGAGAAGAACUUGACACUGAGGCCCCAGGAGUGCAGAGAGAGCCCGGCAGUGCCCCUACGCAAGAAGAAGGCUGGGAGGGUCCUCAACGGCCUGAGCCUGGAGCCCUCCAAGAAGACUGUCCAUCAUCAACGGUCUUCAGACCAGGAGAACAACCCCCGCCUGGUACACACACAAGGCAAGAAGAAGAAGAAAAACCUGAACAAGAAACACAAAAGGCUGAAACCGGGGCAGAACAACUGUAAGGGCAGCGACAGCGAGAGUGUAAGCGGAAGGUCCAAGCCUUCCAUCAGGAGCAGCUCCAGAGACAGGCUGACAGAUUGUGACACCGAGAGUGACCAAGACGACAAGGUCUCCGAUGCCAACUCAGAGAAAUUCUUCAGCACAGCUGCAGUUAAAGUUCCAGAUUUUGGCAUCCAUGUGCUCUCCACCAAUGGCAGCCAGGAGCCCCAUGGGCCGGGCCCCCUCCAGGUGUCAGGCCUAGAGCGCAGUCAGGAGAGGAGCCAGGAGCCCUGCAGGGACCCCCACCCCCCUGCGUCCAGCAGCCCCCGUCAGCCUCUGCCCACACAAGCCCUCCCCCUCCUCCAGCCGUCCGCCCCCCAGCCCCUGUCCCCUCAUCGGACCCUCACUCAGAGCUCUGCCCAGGCUCCGGCCUUCACACACCUGGCCCCCCGCUCCGAGGCGCUCCCCAGGCCUCAGACGCCCGCAGCCCUGCCUCUCGCACAGGGACAAGAGCCCUCGCCGCCCCCCCCUCCCCGGCCCCAGCACCAGCCUGAACUGCUGUCACACCCUCGGCCUCCCCCGACCCCCAGCCUUCACCCACACCCCCCAUCGCCAGCCCUCCCCAACCAUCAUCAACAGCACCCCAGUCAGGCCGGGCCCCACCGGCCCCCGUCACGCAGCCACCCUCGACCCCUUUCUGCCUACAACGGCCUCAACCUCAACGGGCACAGCAGCAGCAGGAGCAGCACCCCAGGCACCAAGCCCCAAGGGCCCCCAGCUCCCUCUGUGCACCUCCCCCACCACCCGCCUCCUCCUCCUCCUGCAGCAGCAGCAGCAGCCUCCCCCUUCCCACUGCCCUUGGCGGCGAACCAGAGCACCCCCCACAGCUUCCCCCCUGCCUUGCAGUCCUCGCCUCACCCACAUCACCCCAAUAUGUUCGCUCCUCCAGCAGCCUUGCCUCCACCACCACCUCUUACGUCAAGCACCUUGCCAGGCCCCGGACAUCCUGCUGCUGGGCCUGCCUACUCAGAGCAAGAACUUCUGCGUCAGGAGCUCAACACCCGUUUCCUGGCCUCUCAGAACUCGGACCGCGGCGCCUCGCUGGGCCCCCCCCCCUACCUGCGCACAGAGUUCCACCAGCACCAGCACCAGCACCAACACACCCACCAACACACGCACCAGCACACCUUCACGCCCUUCCCUCACGCCAUCAUGCCCACCCCGGCACCACCCAUGGUGCGUACCCCUGCCAGAAAUUUUGAAAAGUUCCCAACAAAAGUUGACCCCUUCUACAGACACAGUCUCUUCCAUGCCUACCCACCGGCCAUGUCUGGCCUUCCGCCCGUCCUCCCCCCGAACGGGCCCUUCGGCUCGCUACAAGGCGCCUUUCAGCCCAAGACCUCCAAUCCACUCGAUGUGUCAAGACCUGGAGGCGUCCCACACACAUUCUUACAGAAGGACCCCAGGCUAACGGAUCCAUUCCGGCCCGUUCUCAGGAAACCAGGGAAAUGGUGCGCCAUGCACGUCCACAUCGCCUGGCAGAUAUACCACCACCAACAGAAAUUAAAGCAGCAGGCGCAGGUCGACCCUCACAAGCUAGACUUCGGCCUGAAGCCUGAGUUCCUGAGUCGGCCUCCGGGCCCCAGCCUCUUCGGCCCCAUCCAUCACCCCUCAGAUUUGGCACGGCCUGCAACACUGUUCUCCGCUGCAGGUCCCACACACCCGUCAGCAGGUCCUUUCGGGCAUCCGGCCCACCAUCCUGGAAACUUCCUGGCCCCAGCAUCUCACUUAGAACAUUUCAAUCGGCCCACAAACUUUGGAGGACUAGGGACCCUCAGUUCAUCGGCCUUCGGGGGACUGGGCAAUCCAGCACUAAAAAACCUAACCGCUGCCAACGCCAUGUUCGGACUUAAAGAGGGCCCCAACGCACAGCAGCACUUCAACGGUGGCCAUCAGGAGCCGUGGAACCGCCUGCACCGCACCCCGCCCUCCUUCCCCACACCCCCCCCCUGGCUGAAGCCUGGAGACCCCGAGAGGAGCGCCUCGGCCAGCUCGCUUGAGAGGGACCGAGACUCUGACAAACGGGACUCGCUGGGCAGUAAAGACGACAAAGACAGGGACUCUUUGGAAAAGCGCCAUACGAGCCAUCCGUCCCCGGGGCCAGUCAACCCCAUCAGCCUUCUGGGCCACAGCCGGCCCCCUGAGCAACACAGGAACCACCUGCCCCCCCCUGCUGGGGAGAUCCAGAGGGACAAGGAGACCAAGGCCAAAGACAGAGAGAGGGAGCACUCAGACUCCUGGAAAGACAAUGGCACAGAUGAGCAUAAGCUCAAAGACAACCAGCACAGCGACAAGGACACACCUGUCAUCCACGACGGCCGGGUGUCGGAGGACAAAGUGUCCAACAGGGGGACGCCAUCGCCCUACGUCCGGCAGACCAGCCUAGAGCGUCCCAACGGCGGGCUGAGCCGGGACGUCCUGGAGAAGAAGGGGGAGCUGCCGUACGAGCACCAGAAGAGGAGCAGUGAGCUGAAGGUGAAGGAGGAGCGGAAGGAGGAGCGGAAGGAGGAGCGGAAGGAGGAGCAGGAUGCAGCGGCAGAGAGGGCCAAUGAGCAUCUAACACAGGCCCCGCCCACACCAAACCUCCACCCUCCCUCGUCAAUGCCUAUGCCCAUGAGCAUGGCUAGCGUUCACUCCAUGAACAGCAUCAGUGGUCUCGAGAGGACUCGAAUGGUGGCGCCCUUCAUGGGUAUCAGCCCCAUCCCAGGGGCCGACAGGUUCCCUUACCCUGCCUUCCACUGGGACCCAAUGAGAGACCCCUACAGGGGCCUGGACAUUCACAGGCGGGACCCUUUGACCAGGGAUCUGUUGCUAAGGAACGACCCUCUGCACCGGCUUACAGCGCCUCGACUUUACGAGGCGGAGCGCUCGUACCGGGACCGAGAGCCUCAUGACUUUAACCGUGAGCACAUGCACGCUCUCGCCCUGGAGCAGAGGAGGGAGCACGAGCGCGCCCACAUGGAGGAGCGCGAGCGCCUCAACAUGCUGAGAGAGGACUACGAGCAUGGCCGCCUCCACCAUGCAAUGCACCAUCCGGCCCUGGACGGACACCUCCCCCACCCGGCCCAGGGCCUCAUGGCCCCCGGACUCCCAGGCAUGCACUACUCCAGGGUCAGCCCCUCGGCUGCAGCGAUGGCCGCUGCCGCCGCCGCCGCCCAUCAGAACGGCAUCAUGAACAAAACACCACCCACCGCCUCUCUGAGUGCCCCGCCCCCUCUCAUCCCCUCACUGGGGGCCCGGCCCGGCUCCCCCAGACGGACUACCCCCCUGGCCACAGAUAUCAGAGACAGAGCGGCUCACAAAGACAUCGAGGCCCGGUGAGCCUCAUCUCACUGAACUCCACUAAGCACUUAGCUUUGGGCAAAGCAAGACUGUAACAUAGCUGUGAAUAACUUAAGUGGGCAGAGACAUGCCCACACUACGAAAUGUUUUUGUAUAAAACUACAAAGAGACAGUAAUCAUGGAACAAAAAAAGAUUUUUCAAAGAUGUUUUCCCGGUUUGCUCCAGCUUUUUGUGUGCAUUCUCCCUCUUGUGACGCGGAGUAAGACUGAAGACUUUUGGAAUGUACUUUAGCACUGACAGACAGCAAAGUGUGUAGAUAAUAUGUACAGUCGCUGUGCUCACUCUUUAUGGAUUAAAAUCAUGGUACAAAUAUGCAAAAGGGUGUUUUGAAAGCUUUACUUUGAACACAUGUAAAUAGAGGAGUAUUACAGCAGUGAUUCAGAAUGUGCUUUUUGCUAUUUCCUUCAUUUUAUUUUGGUGGAUGCAAAUGUUGCAUUGUACCAGAAACCCCAUAUUCAACUAUGCAACAAAUGCCUGGGCUCCCUUUCUAAAAGCUCGCCUUCUCAUUACUACUGACUGUGUAACAAUACAGGACAACAAGCUGUAUUCUCUCCACAACUCAGACACACAGGUCCACGCAAACACAUCAAGCUUUAACCCAUUCAAAGGAACCAUUUGGAUUUAACAAAACGUUUUGAGAAUGACUUUUUCAAACAUGAUUAAUUGUGGUGACAAUCCUAGAAACAGCUAAUUCAAGUAAAACGAUUUAUAUUGUAAAAAGCCAGCAGCACAAAUGUUAACUCUUUUUCUCACUCAGUUCUAACCGGUGUUGUUCUGGGGAGAAUGCAGCACAUUAAACAUCACUACAGCACAUGUGUAAAGUACAUGUUUUGGAAAUAGGUUCUGUUGGUCAAACAGUGUAUUAAAGUGCUUUCCUGAGUUGUUGUACUUACAAAAUCAAAAGACAAAAAAGCAAGUCUAAACUAUGGACCGUUUGUUUCUAACGAGCAGAGAUCUAUUUUAGUAGUCCACUGAAGGUUUAGUUGUGCGCUUCAAACUCUGUGAUAUCAUGUCGUGCAGUGUUUUUUAAUCUAACAGAAAAAGGUCCACCGGAGCCAUAGUGGUUAGUCGAUGCAUAUUGCAAAAAGAUUGUUCAAUGACAUUUGUUUUGCUGUUACCCAUGUACAGGGAAAACAAGUGAAGUCUUUCUAGAUCAUGUACACAAAUGAGAAAAAAAUGAAGCGACUGAAUCUUCAGCAUGCUCCUCAUUUAAACUUGUGUUAUGUAAAUUGUGCCAUGUUAUUAAAAAAUGUGUACUAA